AUGGAUAGUUCCUCUUAUGACAGCGAGACUAAGUGUUAUUGUGUGAUAUUUACCGUAAAAACGUCAAGACUUUCCAAAAAACAAUUAUUAAAAAAAAUAACGGACAUAGAAGAAGACUAUUCAGUGUGCGAUAAAAAAGAAACUUCAGGAACUGAAAACACCAUGGAAACACAUGAAAAACUAUUUAUAACCGAAUCAGAGUUAGACAGCAAUAGAGAAGGGGAGAAUAUUAUAAAUAAGCGUUCAGGGCAAAAGAGAAAAAAAUUAUCGUUUACAGCAAAGAGUGAGUUUGAUGUAGAGAACCCACGUAUCAAAAUUGGGGCCGAUGGGACAGUUCGGAAAGAAAUAGAUGCAAGUCCUAAACCUGGCAGGACAUCAGCUCAGAAUAUUUUUAGGGAUAUGUCAGGUCCGACAGGAUAUGCUAAGCGGCAUAUAAUGAAAGAACAAGUAAAAACGGCAUUUUAUCUUAUCAUUGAUCACCGUAUAAAGGAUCAUAUAAUAAAAUAUAUGGAAGAAGGAGCAUUUAGAGCAUUGGGAACUAAGAGGGAGCUAGAUGCAACAGAACUACAUCAAUUUAUUGCUCUGAUAUAUCCAUGGUUCAUAUCAGGCAAAGAAUUUAGGAAUGACUUUGCUGAAAUUAUGAGGUUUAUACGCUUUGAUAAGAAGAGCGAAAAAAACCAACAUUUACGAACCAAUAAAUUUGCAAUGGUAUCUACAGUAUGGGACCGAUUUAUAGAGAAUUCACAAAAUUGUUAUAAACCUGGUGCAUACAUUACUGUUGAUGAGCAGUUGUUUCCGUCGAAGACUAGGUGUAGAUUUACCCAGUAUAUGCCGAACAAACCAGACAAAUUCGGCAUAAAAUUCUGGUUGGCAUGUGACGUCAAUAAUAAGUGUAUAAUAAAUGGAUUUCCCUAUUUGGGAAAGGAUGAGAAAAGAGAAAAUUCAAUUCCACUUGGGAAAUUCGUUGUUCUGAAGCUGAUGGAACCAUUCACAGGAUGUGGAAGGAACGUAACGACGGAUAAUUUUUUUACGAGUGUAUCACUGGCCACAAAGCUACUUGCAAAAAAAACUACAAUUGUUGGAACAAACAGUGAAAAUAAACGGGAAUUGCCAAAGAUAGAAAAAAAUCGAACAGACAAAAUGACUCUGUUUUUAAGCAAACUUUAUAUUUCAAAUCAAAUUUCCUUUACAGUAUACAAAUGCAAACCAACAAAAAAAGCUUUUGUGCCAAGUUCCAUGCACAAAGUAAUAGAAAUUAAAACAAGCAACAAACGUAUACUGGAAUCGAUUAGAUUUUAUAAUGAUACAAAAUUUGGUGUGGACAUAGUGGACCAGAUGUCAAGGAAAUACAGCGUGAAAUCAAAAUCUCGUAGGUGGCCCCUCCAGUUACAGAGCUCGUCGCUAAGUAUAAAAAAUUGCGUGGAAAAGACCAUGCAACAAAACUAUCAAGUUCAGAUUCAUUACUACGAAAAACUUGUCAAGUUAAAUAUUGUAAAGGUUACAAAACUACGAAAAUCUGUUCGAGAUGUGAGAAAGAAUAUAUUUGAUGACAAGAUAAUUUGUAAAAAGUGCAGCAAACAUGAAUAA